CCCAUGGAGUAUGUCAGCACGCGGGGAUUUGCGGGGACCGUCGACUUUGAGGGAGCUCUCUUCUCCGGCUACGCAGCCGACGGGGGCCUCUUCAUGCCCCAGCGCAUCCCCUUGCUGGACCAGGAUGCCCUGCGGAGGUGGAGCUGCCUGUCCUACCGGGAGCUGGUGAAGGAGCUGUGCUCCCUCUUCAUCACGGCCGAGCUGGUCCCGCGGAACACGCUCAACGACCUGAUCGACAGGGCGUUAAGACACAAGGACAUCGUCCAUCUGUCCAGGCUGAAAGACGGGCUAAAUGUCUUGGAGCUGUGGCAUGGGGUUACUUAUGCUUUUAAGGAUCUGUCCUUGUCCUGCACAGGACAGUUUUUACAGUAUUUCUUGGAGAAAAAGCAGAAGCACAUCACUAUUCUGGUGGGCACUUCAGGGGACACGGGGAGCUCGGCCAUCGAGAGUGUGAGAGGGCAGAAGAACAUGGACAUCUUUGUUCUGCUGCCUAAGGGGUUCUGCACCCAGACACAGGAACUUCAGAUGACCACCGUCAUUGAAGACAACGUCCACGUCUUUGCUGCUCAUGGGAACAGCGAUGAAAUCGAUGAGCCAAUCAAGGAACUGUUCGCCGAUGUUGAUUUUGCCAGAAAAUACAAUCUGAUGAGCUUGAAUUCGGUCAACUGGUCUAGGAUUAUGGUGCAGAUUGCUCACCACUUCUACGCUUACUUUCAGUGUGCCCCAUCCCUGGAUGCCACCCCGCUGCCAGUGGUGGAAAUUGUUGUGCCAACAGGAGGAGGAGGAAAUAUCACAGCUGGCUGUAUCGCCCAGAAAAUGGGUCUCCCGAUUCGUCUUGUUGCCGUGGUUAACAGCAAUGACAUCAUUCAUAGGACUGUUCAACAUGGAGAUUUCUCACUGUCGGAGACUGUGAAGGCUACGUUAGCAUCAGCCAUGGAUAUUCAGGAGCCUUACAACAUGGAGAGGAUCCUCUGGCUGCUCUCGGGCUCCGACAGCCACCUGACAAAAACGCUGAUGGAGCAAUUCAGCAGCUCAAAAAGCCUUAAGCUGCCGGAGGACUUGCACAGAAAGCUCUCCGAGACCCUUCGCUCAUGCUCAGCCUCUGACGAGGACAUCGUGCGAGCCAUGCAGCGCUGCUGGGAGGAAAACCGCUACCUGCUGUGCCCCCACUCCGCCGUGGCUGCUCACUACCACUACUCGCAGCCGGAUGGCAUGCCCCGGUGUUGCUUAGCUCCAGCCUCUGCAGCCAAAUUUCAGGAUGCUCUGCUCCGAGCUGGCCUGGUUCCCCAGCUACCCCCUGAAAUCACUGCCUUAACAGUGAUGGAGACCAGGUCCACUCCCCUGGACCGCGGGCAGGACUGGGCACAGGCCCUCCGGGAGCGGAUUGAAGCUGCGACACAGCAGUGGGAGGCACG